AAGACAUCAUUGAAGCUAUGAGCAGCUGCGGAAGAGGAGCAGCGAUUCAAACGAUCAUUGCGUAUAUAAUUGAGCAUGGAUCUGGCGCUCAGCCGGACGAGGAUAUGACUGCGUUAGAUACAUUGACGACACUCGGCUACAGCUACGAGCAGGCGUCACAAGCAAUUGCAUCGUGUGGGGCGGAGGACAUCGAUGUUCUUGUCGAUUUCCUCGCAGCUCGCGACUUCGACGCGUUCGAGGACGAUCUGGAGGUAGCAGUUCCCCGGAGGAGAAAACGAGCGCGGGUGGAACAUCACUCUCGUCCACUGAACGGUUUUGGCUCGCCGGACGAGACUCUGGAACGUCACUCUCGUCGACUGAAAGGUUUCGGCUUGCCGGCCGAGACUCCCAUUCCCAGGAGGUAAGUAUAUGCGUUCUUUUGAGCAUGUCUUCCUGUCCUCGGGCAA